ACCAAGAAAGCUGUGUCCCCCUUCCUCUGUGUCUUCCUGCCUUCUGCUGUCAGGACACACUUCUCAGGAUGUUCCAGGGAGACUAGAAGCUGCAACCAGAGCCUCUCUUCCCUUUCCCCCUAAUAAUGGGGCUCCCAAGGAAUCAUCUGCUGGCUGGGCUGUGUGUGUGGGUGGCCUUGGGCUGGGUAGGGGGCUCAGCCCCUGACCUUGGCCCUGCUGAGCAAGAGCAGAACCAUUACCUGGCCCAGCUGUUUGGGCUCUAUGGGGAGAAUGGUACGCUAACAGCCGGAGGCCUCGCACGUCUUCUCCACAGCCUGGGGCUUGGCCGAGUACAGGGGCUUCGCCUGGGACACCAGGGGUAUCCAGCAGGCCGGGCUUCCCCAACAGUUGGCGACAAUUCCACACACAGGCCGCAGGACUCGGAGCUGAAUGUGGAUGUCUGGGCAGGGCUGCCUCUAGGUCCAUCAGGGUGGGGAGACCUGAAUGAGCCAAAGGCCCAGUCCCCGCCCCGUGGACCAGGCACCUCGGGUCUGGACCUUUUUCAAAGGCUCCUGCUUCUGGACCACUCACUGGCUGACCAUCUGAAUGAGGAUUGUCUGAAUGGCUCCCAGCUGCUGGUCAACUUCGGACUGAGCCCGGCAGCUCCUCUGACGCCCAGGCAAUUUGCUCUGCUUUGCCCAGCCUUGCUUUACCAGAUCGAUAGUCGGGUUUGCAUCCAGGUCCCAGGCCCCAGCACCCCUGGGAACCUAUUAUCUGCCCUGGCUCACAGCGCCCUGGCAGUUGUGUUCCUCAGCCUCCCAGCUCCCCUCUCCCUGCUCCUGCUGAGGCUCCUGGGACCUCGUUUACUGCGGCCCCUGCUCGGCUUCCUGGGAGCCCUGGCCGUGGGUACUCUAUGUGGGGAUGCGAUGCUCCACCUGCUGCCUCACGCACAAGAACAGCACAUGGGCCCAGGAGGACCACCUCAGGAGGACCUGGGGCCAGGGAUAUCGGUGCUCGGAGGCCUCUUCCUGCUCUUUGUGCUGGAGAACUUGCUGGGGCUUCUACGGCAACAGAGGACCAGGACAAGAUGCUGCCUGCACACCAGGAAGGAGCACCGGACACCUAACCCAGACCCAGAGGAUAGCACUGCGGUGGCCCUGCAUACCCUGCAGGCUGCAGUGCCAGAGCCAGGGGCUCAGGGUCAAGAGGAAUGGGACAGCCGGUCCCCUUCUGCCCCAGCACUGCCUGGGCACCAAGGCCACAGCCACAGCCAUAACCACGGGCACCAGAAUGGCAGUUUCACAUGGAUGGUUCUCCUGGGAGACGGUUUACACAACCUCACUGAUGGACUGGCCAUAGGCGCUGCCUUCUCCGACGGCUUCUCCAGUGGCCUCAGCACCACACUGGCAGUGUUCUGCCAUGAGCUGCCGCAUGAACUGGGCGACUUUGCCAUGCUGCUCCGGGCUGGGCUGUCCUUCCGGAAGCUGCUUCUGCUGAGCCUGGUGUCUGGCGCCCUAGGACUGGCGGGUGCAGCGCUAGGGGUGGGGCUCAGUUUAGGCCCAGUCUCCCUCACCCCUUGGGUGUUUGGAAUCACAGCGGGAGUCUUCCUCUACGUAGCCCUGGUGGACAUGCUGCCAGCUCUGCUUCAUCCUCCCGAGCCCCUCCCCGCACUGGAGGUGUUCCUGCAGGGGCUGGGGCUACUACUGGGGGGUGGUCUCAUGCUCACCAUCACCUUGCUGGAAGAGUGGCUGCAGCCCCUGCAGGCUGAGGGCUGAAGGGCUGGUGGGGCUGGAUGG